GAAAAGUUUGGCACCAGUCUCCCAACAAGAUACAAAAACUUGCACUAAAACGGCUAAUCGUGCUCCAAUAGUGCACUGGAGCCGCACCAGUUCAGCCAACGGAAUUCGCUAUUCGAGUUUUCUUGUCGGGUUGUCGUAGUGUUAUGUAUAUCUCGUAUCUCACUCAAUCACAAUAAAAAUUUCUAUAGGAACGAGAGAGCUAGAAAAACCUCCUAUGAUCAUGAUUAUAAAGGUAGAAGCGGUAAUUUAACCUCAAAAUUUUUCUAAAAAGUCAAAAAGGUGUAUGUUAUGUUUAUGUUUUCUUAAAAUUGUCCCUGAAACUGCUCAAAAAUGACUGCGAACAAUAAGUUUCAUUUGUACGUAUAUGAAGGUGACUACGGUCUGCCGUCGUUAAAUGUAGAAUGCACAAAAUGCCUCCUUUACAUGUCAAUGUCCAAAGUUCCUGUUCAAGUGAAGACACUGGGAAACAUGAAACACUGUCUGCUCUAUAGUGCCCCAUAUUUUGUACACAAAAACGUAUCAUUCAAGACCUACGCCGAGACAGUAUUGUAUUUGAACACUUUAAAUUAUAACCUGGAUGCUCAGCUUACAGCAAAGCAGAAGAGUGAAGCCUUGGCUCUCAGCUACUUAGUCCAAUCAAAACUUAGGGCUACUUUGGAGUACGUGUUUUGGAUAGACCAGAGAAACUUUGAAGAAUUUACUCGGGUGUGGUAUGCAAGAGCUCUGCCACUUCCCUUCAAUAUUAUUCAAACAAAAAAGUUUAAAGAAAAUGCUGUUGACCUAAUUGAUAGCUUAUACCACAAAGACAGUACCAUAGAAGUGAUUAAAGACAAUCUCAAUGUUUUAGCCACAGAGUGCCUUUCUUCUUUAUCUGCACGUCUAGGGACAUCCAAUUAUUUUUUUGGAGAGGAGCCUACUUCAUUGGAUGUAGUCAUUUAUAGCUACCUAGCGCCUUUGCUAAAACUCCCAUUUCCAUCAAACUCUAUCAGCACUUUAGUAGCCUUAUGGCCAAAUUUAGUACAAUUCGUUAGCAGAAUUGAUGCGAAGUAUUUACCGGGACUGCCAAAAGAGUCAAAAUAUAUAAAAAAUGAAGAGAAAAUGAAGACUAGUGACGAUGAAGUUUCUUAUAUCGCAAUUUCAAUACUGACUUUCAGUGCAAUGACUCUAGCUUUUGGGUUUGCAGUUAGUAAGGGGUUUAUAUCUUCAAAAUUGUUUUAACAGAGUGUGUGAAAUAGAGUUUGUACUUAGUAGGUAACUGUUGUUUGGUAAUGCAUUUAUUCUAAUUACCUCAACAAUCAAAUUUUUAGUGGCUUUUUGUUUUAUUUUAUUUUGUAAAUUUCAAUAAAAUUAUCUGCUUUCUGAUAAGGUAA